AUGCCUGGAUUCGACGACAAGGACUUCGGCGCUGAGGCUGCUCCAGCACACUUGAAAGCAGAGACCGGCACCCUCGCUCAGUCUCCAAGCAACGGCGAGGACGGCGUUGGCGCCUAUGGCAGAGGCCAGAGCUCAACCUUCGGCGCUGUCGAAGUUCCAGCAUCCAGAUCUAGCAUCGCUGAUGCCUCGCCAUACAUGCACCAGCUCUCCCUUUCUCCCUCGAUGAAGGACCGACGAGGCUCCAGGAACUCUUUCGGUGCCGCUCUCCCCAUUCCACGAUCGAAGCGUCAAUCCCGCCUUUCCUCAGUUACCCACGCCGAUGGCCGACCACAACGUCCGGGCAUGCCGCCCAUUCAGCCCACGAGAGAGAUCCUGGCUGGCCAGGUACAGGACAUGUCCAAGCAGAAGGUGUCUGCUGCCAAGGACAUGGCGUUCGUCUUCGAUAUUGACGGUGUGCUUGUCCACGGUGACAGACUGAUUCCAGAGGGCCAGCGGACUCUGGAGAUCCUGAACGGUGAUAACGAGCUUGGUAUCAAGAUCCCACACAUCUUCCUCACGAACGGCUCUGGUAAGCCAGAGGAGGCUCGCGUUGCACAGCUCUCGAAGAUCCUACACCAGCCAAUCAGCACGGAACAAUUCAUCCAAUCCCACACCCCCAUGAGUGCUCUGGCAGAAUACUACGAGCGAGUCCUCGUCGUUGGUGGUGAGGGCUACCGCUGCCGCGAGGUCGCCGAGAAGUACGGCUUCAAGGACAUCGUUGUGCCCAACGACAUCGUUGCAUGGGACCCCACCAUCGCUCCAUACCGCGUCUUCACCGACGAAGAGCGCGCCACCUCCAACCCCCGCGACUUCUCCAAGAUCAACAUCGACGCCAUCAUGGUCUUCUCCGAUUCCCGCGACUACGCCACCGACAUGCAAAUCAUCAUGGACCUGCUCCAGUCCGAGAACGGCCGUCUCCACACCCGCGCCAAGGACCCCAUCUCGCAGCGUAUCCCCAUCUACUUCUCCCAGGGCGACUUGCUCUGCCCGACUGAGCACCCAUACCCACGUAUGUCGCAGGGUACCUUCCGUAUCGGCCUCGAGGCCAUGUACAAGGCCCUCACCGGCGAGGACCUCGAGCGUGUGGUGUACGGCAAGCCUGAAUUGGCCACGUACAAGUACGCCGACGAGGUGAUUGCCAGCUGGAUGGAGACGAUCCACAACGAAGAGAAGCUGCCCAAGAACAUCUACAUGGUCGGUGAUAAUCCAGCUUCGGAUAUCAUCGGUGGUAACAUGUACGGCUGGAACACCUGCCUCGUCCGCACCGGUGUCUUCCAAGGCGGCGACAACGACGAGAACAACCCCGCCAACUUCGGCGUUUUCACCAACGUGCUCGAGGCCGUCAAGACGGCCAUCCAGAAGGAGCUCGGCAAGGAGUUCCGCUUCGAGUGGAGCGACGAGAAGGUCAACCCUCUUCUGCAGAGCGAGGCCAGCUCAGCUGCGAUUGAGUGA